AUGCUGCGGAGGCAGGCCCGGGAGGAGGACAGUACCAUCCUGAUCGACAUGUCCCUUGGCUCCGAGAGUGGCGACUCAUACCGGAGCACAGCCAACACCUCAGAGCUGAAUGGACACCAGGAGGCCGGCCGCAGGGUGGGGAGCCCUUCCAAGCCCCAAAUAGCUGACUUUGUCCUCGUUUGGGAGGAAGACCUGAGGCUGGGUCGGCAGCAGGACAGCGCCACCCGGGACAAGACAGACACACACGCGGCCUGGAGGGAGACCUUUCUGGAUAACCUCUGUGCAACUGGGCUGCAUGUGGACCAGUGGGAGGCGAGUGACGAUCCUUUCCAGGAGCUGCCCAACCAGGCCUCCACCUGGUCGGCGGGCCUGCUGGCGUGGCUGGGUAUCCCCAACAUCCUGCAGGAGGACGUGCCUGAUGUGCGCCCCGAGUAUUAGUCCUGCCAAUUCAAAGUGAGCAACCCGUCCAGCUUCCUCGGGAGUGACAACCAGGACACCUUCUUCCCCAGCACCAAGAGGCACCAAAUUCUGUUUGCCAUCCUGGCCAAGACCCCAUAUGGCCACGAGAAGAAGGGCCUGUUCGGGAUCAACCAGCUGUUGGCGGAGAGCGUCUUCAGCGCGGCCUUCCCCCUGCACGACGGCCCAUUUAGGACGCCCCCAGAGGGCCCACAGGCCGCGGGCCUCACCCCGAGGCAGGUCCGAUUCCAGCACUGCUGGUGCAAGUGAAGCAAGUACCAGCCUCUGGACCACGUGCGCAGGUACUUCGGGGAGAAGGUGGCCCUCUACUUCGCCUGGCUCAGGUUCUACACAGGCUGGCUCCUGCCGGCAGCGGCGGUGGGCGCUCUGGUGUUCCUGGUGGGCUGCUUCAUGGUGUUCUCAGACAUACCCACGAAGAAGUUGUCCAAUAGCGAGGACAACUUUGAGAUGUGCCUGCUCUGCCUGGACUGCCCCUUCUGGCCGCUCUCCAGCGCCUGCACCCUGGCGCGGGCUGGCCGGCUCUUGGACCACGGAGGCACCGUCUUCUUCCGCAUGCUCAUGGCUCUGCAGGCCGUGCUGCUCCUGGAGUUCUGGAAGCAGGCCUACGGGUGGAGCUGCUCCAGCUACCAAGUCAUGGAGGAGAGGCCUCGGCCCCAGUUUGCCGCCUCGGCCCCCGUGACAGCCCUGAACCCCAUCACUGGUGAGGACGAGCCCUACUUCCCAGAGAGGGGCCGCUUGCGCCAAGUGCUGGCGGGCUCCAUGGUGGUCAUGAUGAUGGUGGCCGUGGUCGUCAUGUGCCUUGUGUCCAUCAUCCUGUACCGGGCCAUCAUGGCCAUCCUCACGUCCAGGUCGGACAACACCCUCCUCGCAGCCUGGGCCUCACGCAUCGCCAGCUUCACAGGGUCGGUGGUGAACCUGGUCUUCAUCCUCAUCCUCUCCAAGAUCUACGUGGCCCUGGCUCACAUCCUGACAAGAUGGGAAAUGCACCGCACCCAGACCAAGUUUGAGGAUGCCUUCCCCCUCAAGGUGUUCAUCUUCCAGUUUGUCAACUUCUACUCCUCGCCCAUCUACAUCGCCUUCUUCAAGGGCAGGUUUGUGGGAUACCCGGGCAACUAUCACACCUUGUUUGGGGUCCGCAAUGAGGAGUGUGCAGUUGGAGACCACCUUGUUGAGCUGGCGCAGGAGCUCCUGCUCAUCAUGGUGGGCAAACACAUCAUCAACAAUGUGCAGGAGAUCCUCGUCCCGAAGCUACAGGGCUGGUGGCAGAAGUUUCGGCUGCGCUCCAAGAAGAGGAAGGCGGGACCUUCGGAGGAAGCUGGCCAGGGGCCCUGGGAGGCCGACUACGAGCUUCUGCCCUGUGAGGGCCUGUUCGAAGAGCACCUGGAAAUGAUGCUGCAGAUCGCCUUCGUCACCAUCUUCGUGCCGCUCUUCGCGCUGCUCAGCAACUGGGUGGAGGUCCGCCUGGACGCGCGCAAGUUCGUCUGCCCGCUCCGGCGCCCGGUGGCCGAGCGCGCGCAGGACAGCGGCAUCUGGGCCCACAUGCUGGCCGGCAUCGCGCACCGGGCGGUCGUCAGCCACGCCUUCCUGCCGCGUGCCAACUACCGGGGGACCCGCGCCCGCGACCUCCAGGGCUUUGUCAACUUCACGCUGGCGCGCGCCCCGCCCACCUUCGCGUCCGCGCACAGCCGCACGUGCAGGUACCAGGCUUUCAGGGAAGAUGAUGAGCACAAUUCCCCGACCUACUGGAAUCUUCUGGCCAUCCGCCUGGCCUUCAUUAUUGUGUUUGAGCACGUGACGUUCUCCAUUGGCCAGGUCCUCGACCUCCUGGUGCCCGGCAUUCCUGAGUCUGUGGAGGCCAAAGUGAAGUGGGAGUACUAGCUGGCCAAGCAGGCACUGAGAAGGAGGUGCUGGCUGGCGGCCCCCAAGCCCAGCUGA